UUUCUCGUAAGUUUCAAGUUCAUUUUGAUAUAAACAUCUAUUGUGUUUGGAAAGUACCUUUGAGCCAUCCUUGUUUUUCUUGAUUCACAAUGAUGGACACCGUAAUCGUUAUUCGUCAUCAAGACGUAACAUCAUCCUAAUCAUAAUUCCCAUCAAAAUAGACAAUAAACAAUCAACAUUGACAAUUGUUCAUUGCCAGAAAAGGAUCUUACUCCUUAACUUCACAAAUCAACCCAAAACUAGUUGAUCGAAGUGCAAAGAUCGCAAUUUUUGUUUUACCUAAACACAAUAUCAAUUUAUUAUCAAGCAAUUUGUGAAUGUUAACUAACAAUGAACCCUGAUUGUCACCAACAACGAAGUCAACCAACCUUAAGGAUAUUUUCAAGCUCAAAUGGUUUCAAUAUCUUCAUCAUUUGCUCAUUAAAAUAAGUACGCCAAUGGAAACAUCAAAGAUUCAGAUAAUGAACAACAAUCAUUUGCUUUACAGCAAAAAUUGAAAAUACCAAGACAGGUUUAAGUCAAAUAUGUUUUUUAAAAUCUUAAGAGUCUCUCUUGUCUGUAAAAGCUUGUCUUGAAAGGGUUAUUUUUUAAAUUCUGUUAAAUUAAUUCCUUUUAGUGAAAUCAAACAUUCGGCUUAUUUCAUCUUCAAUCAAAUUUUUUUUUGAAAUAUUAAAUUUUGCAUUUUCAAAGCAAAAGCUUACAUUGAUUAAUUAGUCCCAUCUCAUGAGUCAUGACAAUUUCCAAUUUAAGAUGAUAAAUUUUUAUUUGCGUUUUCAGUUUAACUCAAGAAACUUCAAGGUUUCGAUAAAUGAACAAAGUUCCCAAUCAUAUUGAUUUCCAACUCAACAUACAUUAAACUUGCAUUAAAGCAAAUUUAUGAUGAAUGUUUAAUAAGGCUGAAAAUAGUAAAAUGAUUGUCAAGUACUCAUUUACUUGGAUAUUUGAAGAUUAACCAUUUACCAGUUCGUUGUUUGUCUCUAUGAACAUAUUUAUCAAGUUUAAUGUUCAAUUAGUUAAAAUGUUAACCGAUUUCCCAUUCAACUGGUUGGCUGGAUUAAAAGAUGAUUUAAUUGCCAAAGGUGUCAACUAUCUUGAACGCAACACUUCAACUGAACAAUUGGUUGAUCAUUUAAUCAAGAUGAAUGAUUUAGGCAAAUUCUGGUUAGUUUGUAUUCGUGGUUAUUCACAGAAAGGAAUCAUUCCAGUAAAGAAAAGGUUAAUCAGCACUGGUUUGGACGCUCUUUGCAUUACAGUUCUUGGUUACAUUAUAUUUUUAGCAUUAACAGCUGACACCAGGAAACAAUCGGUUCAAAUAGCGACGUCCAUUUUCAUCUUGAUCAAUCUUCUUGGAAUCCGUUGGGCCUCGAUUUACUGUGAAUACAUUGACCAGUACACAAUCCUUCGAUUUUUUGAUGACAUUAUUCGUACAGGUUCUUUUGAUAUCCAUUGCCUUUUAGGUUCAACCAAUUGUAACCUCUUUAAAUGGUUCACCUUUAUAUUGUUGCAAUUUUAUUCCCUCUCAACAAUAAUCAGUGGAAUAGCACUCAUUUUGUAUCAUAUUUUUGCUGUACUUCGGGUUGACCUAAAGCUCGGUUGGACACUUUUAACUGACGUUACCAUACUAAUAACUGUGCCCAGUGUUGCUUUUGUCAUCAUUUUUGUAGUUCACAAUGUAACUUGGUGUUUCACUCACAUUAUAAUACUCAUGAUUCACUCGGCUUUCGCCUUGGACAAUAUACACAAAAAAGCUAUCAAAUCAAUGACAACAUCUAAAUGUAAUGCUGACCCAACCCAAGCUGAUUCAAAUGAUUGUGCUGAAUACUGGCAUUCAUCAAAUUUUUGUUACAACCAGAUUAAAAUAAUGAAAUACCAAUUGAGUCCAAUUACCUUCUAUGGUUACUUGUUGGGCUGCCUUGGUACCGAUUUCGCUCUAUUCACUGGAGCCAUUUAUGGAACCGGUGAUUCAACGUUGAAUUACAUUAUUACUGGACUUGGACUGCUUGCUCUUCAAAUAUUAACCAUGGUCAAUGAAGCUUCAGCCUUUGCUCUUCGAAUUAUAUCUAAAUGUGAGAAACUUAACUAUCGAAUGUCGUGUUGCUGUAAAUGCCAGACUACGAUCAAAUUGAAGGGUCUAUUAACAAUAGAGAGAAUGCAAUAUUCCAAAGUUGGUUUCUAUGUUGGCCAACUUUUUCUUAUGGAUAAUCUUCAAUAUCUGAUGGUAAGUGGUCAUUUCAAUUGCUUUUUUGAUUACAAAUCGCAUUAUAAGUUAGGCCUAAGUUUAAUUUUAGUCUAAUUGCUUAAAUACAAGUUUGUAUUUAGGUGCAUAAUCUGUUAAUUUUGUUUCAUUUGACAGUUUCUCUUGGAAAAUGGAAGCUUAUUGUUGCUAUUUGUCACCGUGAUAA